GUUUCAUUCAUGUGUCAAAUGAAAUAACCUGAAAACGUUGUUUAUUUACACCAUUUACACUACACUCUACACAUCGAAAAUAACCUUAAACCAUACACUAAAAGUGACCAUACGAUGGCUGAUAUAAUCGAUGAUGGAGAAAUCGACAGAGAUACAGUAGAGCCAGAAGUUUUAGAACAACACUUCCGAAAAAAGUACAACCUGCUAACAGAGUAUGCGGUGUCACUUAAAAAAUGCUAUAUAAAUAAAUUACAUGCGACAAAAUCAUUAAAACUAGUAGUGGGUCUGUCGGACAAUAGCAUAGAGGUAUACCAACUAAACAAUACAUCUGUCUCCAAAGUCUGCAAACUAAGUGGACAUGAGAAAACGCUUACAGAAGUGGUUUGUGACCCCAAGGAAGAUAAUCUAGUUUACUCAGCUGCACAGGAUGGACUAGUCAAGCUGUGGGAUACCCGGGCCAGCGGCACUUGUGUACAGGAAUAUAAGGAUGAAGAGGAGGAGCUAGUGAGACCAUAUGAAUGCAUGGACAUUUCCUGCAAUGGCAGGGUGUUAUGUGCGGGCAGCCAGUUGGUGGAGGAUGAUGCAUAUUUGGUGUUUUGGGAUAGUCGCAUCACAAAGCCUCUUGGUGGAUACUGGAAUUCCCACACUGAUGACAUUACACAGGUGAAAUUCCACAAGACACAGACUGAGAUAUUAGCUACAGGGUCCUUGGAUGGUCUUAUAAAUAUAUUUAAUGUGAUGGAACUGAGUGAAGAUGAUGCCCUAACAUAUUCCCUGAAUGUAGAAAAUUCUGUUGAGAAGCUAAGCUGGCUGGAUGACAAGCAGGUGGCCUGUAUCACUCAGUCUAAUGACCUGCAGUUCUGGGAUGCUGAAAGAGGGGACUUGCUGAGAACUUUCACUAGAGAUAAAAUAUCUAGGAGUAUAAAGAGAAGUAAAGCAGAUGACUGUUACUUGGUAGACGCAUACACUUCGAUAGACGACACGCCGGUGGUACUAGCUGGCUCUUACGGGGGAGAUGGACACGUGCUACGGUCGGCGACGGUGUCGGGCGGCCGGCUGCAGGCCGCGGCGCGCUUCCCCAGCAACCGGCAGACCGUGCGCUGCAGCUGGUACGACAAGGACCGCGACAUAUUGGUGACUACGGGCGAGUCAGCCAUCAUCUCGGUAUGGACUGGAAGUGAAGCUGCCGAAAACGGAACUACCUUUGGCAAGAUAUCUCAGUCUAUGAACAAGCUGCAUAUGAAUAGGCACAAGCCUUAUUGACGUUAUCACUGUUUCAUACUGAAAUAAAUUCUAACUAAAAACCGCAUAAUAUUU